GUUUCCGCCAUCCUUGUGGCUCUUUGCAGAAGGGCACGAAGAGGCCGAAACAAGGGUGCCCUGUAUAGCAAGAACUUGGCUCUUCAUCCUCCAAACAUGCUGUCCAGACUCGUUGUUGUGUCAGCUCAUGGCCUGAAAAGCAGCAGUCCCCUUGGAGCUGGUCUGGUCCAGGCUUCUCGCUCCCUGCACACAUCGUCCCAGAGUCUGGCCCCAUUGCCCCCUCUCCCAGAGAAGGGAGGCCAAGUCCGUCAUGGCAUUUUCCCCGAAGAGAUUUUCCAGCUCCUCUAUCCCAAAACUGGAGUUACAGGACCAUACAUGCUGGGCACUGGCCUCCUCAUGUACAUGCUGUCCAAGGAAAUCUACGUCAUCAACCAUGAGACCUUUGCUGCUGCUUCCAUCGGAGCUGUCAUCAUUUAUGGUGUCAAGAAAUUUGGCCCAAGUGUUGCAGCUUUUGCUGACAAACUGAACGACGACAAAGUGGCUAAGGCUCAAGAGGUGAAGGAUGUGUCUCUGACUAGCCUGGCUCAGGCUAUCGAGGAUGAGAAGAAGGAGCAGUGGAGAGUGGAGGGAAGAUCAAUGCUCUUUGACGCUAAAAGGAACAAUGUGGCCAUGCAGUUGGAGACCAACUACAGAGAGAGGCUACACAUGGUGACCAACGAGGUGAAGAGGCGUUUGGACUACCAGGUCGCGCUGCAGAAUCUCCACAUCCAGAUGGAGAAGGAGCACAUGGUCAAAUGGGUGGAGAAGAGUGUCAUCGGCAGCAUCACUCCUCAGCAGGUCAGUCUUUAG